CAUAAAAUUAUAUUAAAAUUUUAUAUGGAAGUGAAAAUAUUUCAUAUUUACCAACAAAAUUAAUCCAAUACAUGUAUACGUGGCUAUAACCUGCAAGAAAAUUGACGAUUUAGAUGAAGAAAGGAUUUUUCUCAUGACAUUCAGUAUACUUAAUCGUUUUCUAAGAAAGUAUGAAUGACUUUGAGGAUUGUAGAGAUGUGGAAUUUCAAAGAGCUUUUGAGGAUGAACUUUAUAAGGACACUUUUUCUCUUGGAAGUGAUGAAAACAUUGACAGUGAUGUGGAAGCAGAGCUGUAUCAAAAUGUACAUUUUGCCUCUUCAUUGGUGGAAAAAAAUAAUGAUGAAGAUAUCAAAGAAGUUGAAUUCAUCUUUACAAAUGACAAUCAAAAGAAUGAGCAUGCCAAUAAACUGUGUUUUGAUGUUCCUGAUUUACUGAAUGCAAAGGAAAGAAAUAAUGUUAAAACUAAAUAUUCAUCAAACAGUGAAGAGUGGAAGAUUUUAGAUAUUGAUUUGAUUCCGUUUCGUACAAAGAAGCAUACCUACGUCCGUUUUUUCAAUUGGAAUAAAAAAACUCACAGGACAUUGGAAGUCACUCAGUCAAAAAAAGAAAUCGUGUGUUGGCUGUGCGGGGAGACUGGACACCACGUAAAGGCAUGUAAUAAGGAUGUAUGCUAUAACUGCCGGAAGCCUGGACAUAAAAUUAAAAAAUGUCCUAGACCUCGUAGGAAUGGCCAUAGCACUUGCAAUAGAUGUCAUGCAUUUGGUCAUUUUGAAGACUUUUGUCCAGAUCGUUGGCGACAGUAUCACUACACUAUUGCUCAAGGAGAAAUGGUUCGUGCAAGUGGAAAUCCCCUCAAACAUAACAACAUUUUCUGUUAUAAUUGUGGAGAAGAGGGUCAUCUUGGUCACGAGUGCAUUGAAGGAAAAAAGGGGUUCACUGAUUCGUCCUAUCCAUAUGUUGUUAAAUAUGAUCAAUUUACAAGUAAGUUCGUUUCAAGAAAUGUAAACAGAAACAGCAACGAAAUAGAAAUGCAGUUAAAAAAUACGCCGAUAAGAAAAUCGAAGACAAACAAGAAAUUUGUUUUGGAACGAAAUGAUGAAACGAAACAUUCUCCCCAAAGAAAUAAAAGUAAAUUUAUUGAAACGAUAAUGAUUGUGGACGACGAUGAAGAUGCUAGCAAUAAAAUGAAUGCUUGUAACGAUAGAGAUUUUGGUCUCCUGAACGGAAGAAAUAAUAAGAAACGAAAGAGGAAUGAUUUGGUUACCUUUGCUGAAGAUGAAUUGUUGUUUGCUAACAAGAAAAAAGGCGCGAAAAAAAUGUGUAAAAGUAACACAGAAACUCACCAUGAAAACUUGACGGAGACUCAUUCUUUUGUGGCGAAGAGCUUAAGCUCAAGUGAAAAGGCUGAAAUAAAGCGAAGGAUUAAAAACGAUGCAAUCAAGGGAAAAAUUGUUGUUGUUACAGAAGAAUCAGAGAAGAAACUGCGGCGUAGAACAAAAGCAAAAAAAAGAAAAGAUAAACAUAAAGUUUAUGUCAACUUCAAUGGAUUUUUGUGAAAAAAAGAAUUUUUCAUGGCUAUUGCUGUAAAAUAUAUUUUCAUCAUAUUUC